AUGAACGAAACUGUUGGAUUUUGGAGGAAAUUAUGUUGUAUUCCUAAAAGAUUGGAUGGAAAGAUUGGAAUUAUAACAGAAUGCUACAUUGGUCCUGGGUUGAACAUAGUUGGAGAAGUUGUACGUCGUGGAGCAGUAGUGAUAAUGGCGUGUCAAGAUAUGGAUAUGGCUGAAUCAGUUAAAAUUCAUUUACUUGAAAAAUAUAGCAUAAGAAAUCCAGAUCAUUUGAAAACUGACAUAGCAUGUAAAGAAAUAAUCCCGUGUCUUACUCCAGUGGAAGCACAUCAGUUGGUGAUUGAGGUGGUCAAUUUUACAUCACUCAAGUCAGUUAAAGACUUUGCCAACAGAAUGAUAAAAACGUAUGAUAAAUUGGAUUUUCUCAUUAACAAUCCAGCUCUAAGAAACAUAGAGAAGUAUACAACUACCAUUGAUGGUUUCGAAAUGACAAUGGGUGUAAACUAUUUUGCUUCAUUCCUUCUAACAAAAUUAUUAUUGCCUCUACUCUCGAGAGGUUCAUCAUCAAGAAUUAUUAAUGUAUCCUUUACAAACCACCUUCAUAGUCAUUUGAAUAAACCAGAUCUGCAGAUGAGUGAGUCAAAUUAUAGUGGAGUACGUGCUUACAAUCAUUCACAAUUGGCAAAUAUAAUGCAUACCAUUGGACUGAAUCAAUACCUGAAACACACGGACAUUAUGGUAGUGAGUGCCCAUUCAGGCUUUAUAAAAGCAGAAGUUGCAAGAAAUUUCAAAUCAUUCAUAAAUGAAAUUGCUGAUUUUUUAGCCACACCACUGUUCUUCAGUCAAUGGGAAAUGGCUCAAACCGUACUGUAUACACUUCUUACGGAAAAAUUAAUACCUGGUGGUUAUUAUAAGAAUUGUCAGUUGAAAACAUUGCCUAGUGUGAUCACAGAUAGUAAAGAAACCAAAUGCCUCUGGGAUAAAACUUGUGAACUUCUUAGACUGCAUUUCCAACAAUAA